ACGACCCGCCCACUAGUGCGGGCACCACAGGUGUCCAGGUUACAAACCCGCGGGACUGGUCUUGAGGAGCGCAGUUGGGUGCGGCUCAGGAGUUCCGGGGCCGCUCUCCAGGCCCUGAGCCCCGCAGAAUUCUGACUCGUCGUCGUCUGUCGCGGCACAGGGUCUGCUGGGGUUUUUCUAGGGGCUCCGUUAUUUGUGACCACAAUGACAAAUUUAGACAGUGAUGAUAUGCUAACUGACAAGCUUCAUAAGCCCAAGAGCUCGAAAGAAUGGUUGGAACCACAGCCACUUCAUCUUAUGGAGGUAUUAGCUAAAGAAGAUAUUGAUGCAGCUAUUCAAUCAAUAUUAUAUAGAGAAAAUCAUGUAAUUAAGGAACUAGAUAAGUAUUUACAACAUCAUGACUUCUUAAAUGCAAGAAGAAAAGAGAGGUUAUAUAAAAGAUGGACUGACCACGUGGCAGAUCCUCUCCAGAAGAAAAUUAUAGAAAAAGUUUGUUCACAUAAGAAUAUUAAAAAAAGGAGACAAGAAGAAUUAGAUGGUUUUUUAAAACAUGUAAAUAAAAAGGGAAAUGCAUUUAUAGAGCAUUAUGAUCCGAAAGAGUAUGAUCCUUUUUAUAUGAACAAAGAGGACCCGAAUUUUCUGAAGGUUACCAUUCCACCAUUUCGUGAUCCUUUGAAAAAGGCACAAUAUGACAAAGAUGAUGAUAAAAGAACUCUUCUUCAGUGUGAGACUGGCAAAAUAUGUACAAUGAAAGAAUUUAAAGAGGUUGAGAAGGCCAAACUGCAUUCCAGGUUUCCAAGAAUUUCUAAUUCAAGGCACUUUAUGACUCCAAAUAAAUGGCUUAUGCUGCCUACAACCUACAUAGAAAGUGAAUUUUGUAAAAGGAGCAGGUUAAAAGUGAAAGUGAAUUUUAACAAUGGUAAUUUUGAUUUGAAACCCGUGGCAAGAACUCCUCAUCCCCUGGAAUCUCAAGGAGCAGGAAAAGCACUCAUUUACAAAAACAAAGGAUCAUCCUUUCUGGAAAAAGAGCCUCUAUGUUUUCAUGAGGAAAAGAAACCAAGUCCCAAAGAGGUCAACUCUGAAGGGCACUUUUCUUCCAUGGCCCUCAGCCAAGAAGUAGAAAGGGAUGAGGACCAGGAUGCGUUUUCUUCUCUACCCUAUGUACAAGGCUCUGGAGUAGAGCCUGUUUUAGGAGUGGAUUUGGAGGAGAAGUCACAGCCCACCCUCCUCAUCUCCUGGUUAGAAAUCAAUAUGGGAAUGGUGUGUUAG